GUGUUGAAGACAUCGUGGCAAUAAUGAUUCCUGAACCAAAAGGGAAGGAGAUAGUAAGCCUUCUGGAAAGGAACAUCACCGUGACCAUGUACAUCACCAUCGGAACCCGGAACUUGCAGAAAUACGUGAGCCGCACUUCGGUUGUGUUUGUCUCCAUCUCCUUCAUUGUUCUGAUGAUCAUAUCCCUCGCGUGGCUGGUCUUCUACUAUAUCCAGAGGUUUCGAUAUGCAAAUGCCAGGGACAGGAACCAGCGCCGACUGGGAGAUGCAGCAAAGAAAGCGAUCAGCAAGCUCCAGGUCAGAACCAUCAAGAAGGGUGACAAGGAAACAGAGCCCGAUUUUGAUAACUGUGCAGUGUGCAUUGAAGGGUACAAGCCCAAUGACGUCGUGCGGAUCUUGCCCUGCCGGCAUCUUUUCCACAAGUCCUGUGUUGACCCCUGGCUUCUAGACCAUCGCACCUGUCCCAUGUGCAAGAUGAACAUUCUUAAAGCCCUAGGGAUCCCGCCUAAUGCCGACUGCAUGGACGACUUGCCCACCGACUUCGAGGGGUCUCUGGGAGGCCCACCCACCAACCAGAUCACAGGCGCGAGUGACACGACUGUAAACGAAAGUUCCGUCACUUUGGACCCUGCUGUCCGGACAGUGGGAGCCUUGCAGGUGGUCCCGGAUACAGAUCCCACCCCGCAGGAAGGAGAAGUCAUCUUUACCACCAACAGCGAGCAGGAGCCAGCUGUAAGCAGUGACUCUGACAUCUCGCUGAUUAUGGCGAUGGAAGUUGGACUGUCUGAUGUAGAACUUUCCACUGACCAAGACUGCGAAGAGGUGAAAUCUUGAAAUGAUACACAUAGAAAAAAGGGAUAGUAGGACCCAAGGGGAAGGAAGGGAGGAGUGCCUCAAGACUUGGACCAGGCACACGCACCUCCAGAAUACCUUGGUAACCCCACGACGCUCCACUCAAGAAUGGUAAUGAAAGCAAUAUCCAAAGUCACGUCCAUCAGGAUGCCGUUUCUCCAUCCGUACAACAGUCCAGGGCCUUGGCAGCUUGGAACACAAAAGCCAAUUUUCCCUCCCAUGUCCUUGUAGACACACACUUCAGGAGCUCCUAAAACACACAGAAAGGACACAUG